GCCCCUCCUCUUGUCGCCGACAGGCUCGGAGGAGUCACCACUCCGCGCGCCGCAGGAGAGAGUGGCAGGCGGAGGUGACCGGGGAAGGGAGUCAGAGCGGCGACCAGCGGUUGACACCGCUCUGAUUGGAGGGGUCUCCAGCAGCUGGAGCGUUCUGUUUGGAACCCCGCAUGGACGAUGCUGUGAGUUGAGUCCCUGAGAAUUAGAAUAAGUCACACCUUCUCUGUGGUCAUCAGCUGUGUUAAGAUGGAAGAGGCUUACAAAGAUAGGACUUCACUGAUGAAGGGGGCCAAGGACAUUGCCAGAGAGGUGAAGAAACAGACGGUGAAGAAGGUGAACCAGGCAGUGGAUCGAGCCCAGGACGAAUACACCCAGAGGUCCUACAGCCGGUUCCAAGAUGAAGACGAGGACGAUGACUAUUACCCACCUGGAGAGACCUACAACGGGGAAGCCAAUGAGGAUGAAGGCUCCAGCGAGGCUACUGAGGGCCAUGAUGAGGAGGAUGAAAUCUACGAGGGGGAGUACCAGGGCAUCCCCAGCAUGGGCCAAGGGAAGGAUGACAUCGUGAUGGCAGGGCAGCCCAAGGGGAAUGAGUACAAGGACCGUCAGGCGCUGGAGUCCGAGAGGAGGGCUGACGAGGAAGAGCUGGCCCAGCAGUACGAGCUGAUCAUCCAGGAGUGUGGCCACGGCCGCUUCCAGUGGGCCCUGUUCUUUGUGCUGGGCAUGGCGCUCAUGGCGGAUGGCGUGGAAGUGUUCGUGGUGGGCUUCGUGUUACCCAGUGCAGAGACAGACCUGUGCAUACCGAAUUCAGGGUCUGGAUGGCUCGGCAGCAUAGUGUACCUCGGGAUGAUGGUAGGGGCGUUCUUCUGGGGAGGACUGGCAGACAAAGUGGGAAGGAAACAAUCUCUUCUGAUUUGCAUGUCUGUCAACGGAUUCUUUGCCUUCCUUUCUUCAUUUGUCCAAGGUUAUGGCUUCUUUCUCUUCUGUCGCUUACUCUCUGGAUUCGGGAUCGGAGGAGCCAUUCCCACUGUGUUCUCUUACUUUGCGGAAGUCCUGGCCCGGGAAAAGAGGGGUGAGCACCUCAGCUGGCUCUGCAUGUUCUGGAUGAUCGGCGGCAUCUACGCCUCUGCCAUGGCCUGGGCCAUCAUCCCGCACUACGGGUGGAGCUUCAGCAUGGGCUCGGCCUACCAGUUCCACAGCUGGCGCGUUUUCGUCAUUGUCUGCGCACUGCCCUGCAUCUCCUCGGUGGUGGCGCUCACGUUCAUGCCCGAGAGCCCGAGGUUCUUGCUGGAGGUUGGAAAGCACGACGAAGCCUGGAUGAUCCUGAAGCUGAUCCACGACACCAACAUGCGCGCACGGGGACAGCCCGAGAAGGUCUUCACGGUGAACAAAAUCAAAACCCCUAAGCAAAUAGAUGAGCUGAUUGAGAUUGAGAGUGACACUGGAACUUGGUACCGGAGGUGUUUUGUUCGGAUCCACACCGAGCUGUAUGGAAUUUGGUUGACUUUUAUGAGAUGUUUCAACUACCCCGUCAGGGAAAAUACAAUAAAGCUUACAAUCGUUUGGUUCACCCUGUCCUUCGGGUACUACGGAUUAUCUGUGUGGUUCCCUGAUGUCAUUAAACAUCUUCAGUCUGAUGAAUAUGCACUGCUAACUAGAAAUGUGCAAAAAGAUAAAUAUGCAAAUUUCAGUAUUAACUUUACGAUGGAAAACCAGAUUCAUACUGGAAUGGAGUACGACAACGGCAGAUUCCUAGGGGUCAAGUUCAAAUCCGUAACGUUCAAAGAUUCAGUGUUUAAAUCCUGUACGUUUGAGGAUGUGACUUCAGUCAACACCUACUUCAAGAACUGCACAUUCAUUGAUACUGUUUUUGACAACACAGAUUUUGAGCCAUACAAAUUCAUUGACAGUGACUUUCAGAACUGCUCCUUUUUUCACAACAAGACGGGGUGCCAGAUUACCUUUGACGACGACUACAGUGCCUACUGGAUCUACUUCGUCAACUUCCUGGGGACGCUGGCUGUGUUGCCAGGGAACAUCGUGUCUGCCCUGUUGAUGGACAGGAUCGGGCGCUUGACCAUGCUGGGUGGCUCAAUGGUCCUCUCAGGCAUCAGCUGCUUCUUCCUGUGGUUCGGCACCAGCGAGUCCAUGAUGAUCGGCAUGCUGUGCCUGUACAACGGGCUGACCAUCUCGGCCUGGAACUCCCUCGAUGUGGUCACUGUGGAGCUGUACCCCACAGACCGGAGGGCAACAGGCUUCGGCUUCCUGAAUGCACUCUGCAAAGCAGCGGCCGUGCUGGGCAACCUCAUCUUCGGCUCCCUGGUGGGCAUCACCAAAGCCAUCCCCAUCCUGCUGGCCUCGACCGUGCUGGUGUGCGGGGGACUUGUGGGGCUCCGCCUGCCUGACACACGAACCCAGGUCCUGAUGUGAAGGGACCAAAGCCACUCCUAUGCAUUCUCUUCCCAGGCCUGGGUCUUGUCUCUGGAGAGACCCCAGACUUCAGAUUCUUCCUAUCUAGAAAAGUGGUCAAAUAUCAGAACACAACUUGUUGCUGUGACUUAACAUUUAGAUGCGUGACAUCUUCCCCUUCCAUGUAACUUGACACAGGUUUAUUUUUCACGUAUUAUUAUCUUUCCUGUGACGCUGCUUCUCCCAAAGUAUCAGUGGAAAAACUGCUAACAUGUCCUCCUUGGCUGGGCUUCCCCAAGAUGCUGCUCGAUGAAGGCGAGUCCAACACUAAGAAAAAGACUUGCAAGAAACAGGCCCUGCUCAGCUUGCCGUGUUAACAGGAAAUAUACGUUGGCAUAUUAUUACAGUUUUGCUGAGGAGAAGGAUUCUUUUUUUUUUUUUUUAACAGAGUGCUAUUUCCUGUUUACUUAGAAAAGGACACCCAGCAAUUUUUGCUGUUACAGCAGGGCCUUCCACAGCAAACCACAUGGCACACAUAGGCUGGGGCGGGUCCCUUCCAGGCACACAAGGAAGGUAGCUGUGCUGACAAGAAAGCAAAGGCUUGGGCAGCUCCCCGACAAACCCAGUGAGCAGAAGAAAGUUUUCUGACAAAACUUCUAAGAACUCUGAGGGAAAAGCACCAUAGCAGAGUCGCUGAUUGUGCCCCGUGUACAGAGUUCAUAAGACCUCAAAGUCACUUUGCCUCCAUUUACCCUGUCCUCACCGGCAUGCAGCGGAGGCUGCCAGAUGGCAGAUUUAGGAAGGAGAAUUAUUUCUUAAAAAACCACCUCUGAGCUGGGUGUGGUAGCACGGGUCUGUACUGCUAGCAUUCUGGGUGGCUGAGGCAGGAAGAUGACAAGUUAGAGAGAUCACAGCCUGGGCAACUGAGUGACUUAGUUGCCUCAGGGCAGUGACCCUGGGUUCAAUCUCCAGGAGCACCAAAAAAAUAAAAACUGCAUCUGCCUUCCUGGUUUCUCCAGCCUAGGGAAUGUUAAUGGAUAUUUAAAUUGUAGUGAUUUCUAAAUUAGGUAGAAAUUCACACCUAAAGCCAUUUGGAAUUGCAAAUGGUCCUUCUCCCUGUAUUCUAAGGAACAACCUGAUCCUGUCUCCAUGGGUGAAAAUUGGCUGGCACCUUCCUAACCAGGAUCUUGGAAGAGGUGCCCCCUCUAAGCCCCAGCUGGCACCUGGUCCUGGAGCCACCCUGCACUCCAGAGUGGCCUUGAGCAGACUUGGGGUGUCUCCUGGCACUGUCUGCCUGCUCCCCUUUACCUCUGGGGUCUCCCUGAGCUGGAAGCAAGAGGUCCCAGGACGUUCCCCCAGGCCAGCUAUCAGGCAACAGACCUUCUCUCUCCUCUGCAAAACACAUCCCUUUACACAGCUUUGAAAUCUGAAGCCUCCUUGUAGACUUGCAGCCAGGAAAUAAAUCCCAUGUUUUAAAAAGAUUCCUUUUUAACUCUCCCUGUCUUGAGGGAGGGUGAGCCUCAUUACUUCUUCUAGGAUCUCGGAGAGCAGGGAGGCCUCUGGGAGGUGCAGGCUUUUGUCCCACUCAUUUUUGCAUGGAGAGAUGUCCUCACUCCUUGGGGCCCCUCGGGCUUCCUCCUGUCCUCAGGGUCCCUCUGGAGCCAUACUGAAAAGUGUCUUUCAUUAACAGAAGCCAUGAAUCAACCAGCCUCAUAGAGGGAUACCCGGGGUGAGGCUGUGGCAGGAAGAAGGUGUCACGGGGGAGGCGGGUAUGUGUCAGAGACAGAGCACCAGGAAAACUCAAAGUCUGCAGGGGUGGGUGGAAGAAGGAACGUCAACAAAGCAGGCAGAACCCCCUCUCCCGCUUCUGCCUUCUGUCCAGCUGUGGGAGAACAGAAGACUGCAGCUGAGAACCCAAGAAAGCAGCCUUGCGUUAUUCUGUUUCCACGUGGACUCAUUUCCUCCCAUCUCUACUCCUCGAUUUGUCUUUACAGAAAGACUUGCUGGGGAGUGAGCAGGUCUUUUAGCGAAGUUACGGAAUAACUGCAAAAGACAAGUCUAACAGCAAGGUAGCAGGGUGCACGGCUGUCACUGCUGCUAGCUGUCCUUCACAAUUACCUGGCUUAUUAGGCUAUCCCGUGGUUUUAGAAAGUCUCUGUUGUCCAUUGCAGAUUCCAAAUGUAUAAAAUAUCUAUAGGUGCUCAGAAUUUUUUAUCUGAACACCCAGGUUCAUGAGACCUGUCACCAUGUGUCCCCUUUCCAAAGGGCCACGCUUGGCCUUCUUAUCACCUAAACUAAGCCUCCUGGGUGGCCAAGAGGGAUCUCUUCUAAUCCUCUGGACAACGCUGGUCACAAACCUUCUUGGUCACCCCUUUUCCCUCUCCUGUGUGCUUUUGUCUGCCCGCUUCAUGUUGUUCACCCUUGACUGUCUGUCAGGACUCCUGUUGCUUCUAAAGGGGUGGGCUGUGGCCUGCUGGGCUAGCUGUGGUGUAGAUGGGAAUUAGGAAACACCCACAAGGCUAAACAUAAACUCACAGCUGUGUGAGGGUAACUGGCUGCUAGCGUCCAUCAGACAUGGACCUACCAUCUCAUUUCAUCCCCAGUGGAAGGAAGAUGAAAGCCUAGCAAACAAUCCCACCUGCUCUUUUUUCUAACUAAAAUUUCCCCAUAGCUACUUAGAAUCAGUUCAGAAUGCUCUGGAGUCCUAUUACUAUCAUUGAAUCAUCUCAGCCUAGAUUGCAAACAGCUGUCCUAAAUUAGGAAUCUGCACCACCUUAUACCCGGGUGUUGGGUCUUCAGGCACAAGUUGCUCUCAGUCCUUGUUGCCUGACUCAUGACCCAGAGACACAAGACAUGGUCCCAUCGGAGCUCUGCAGUAGGAAGCCCCAGAUCUCUCCUGGGAAAAUGUGCGUGACUGAACAUCUCUGGUCCCCAAUUUUUCCAUUGGUAGAGUUAAGACUUGGGGCUACUGUGCUCUUCAAGUCCUAGAAAAUUGCCAUGAAAACAGCUUCAUUUUCUCUAUCUUCUGCUGCUAAACCUAUCUUUACCAGUAUUAAGUUGGUUCAGCUUAUAUACUGAAAACUUUUAAAAAUAAGUACAUGAAUACAGGGAACAAGAACUUGUUUGGAAGAUCUUCCCAAAUAGGCCAGAGAGUGCCGUUCUGGUGUUGUUCAUGCCACCUCCCCACGCUCCUCACAUUCCUGAGCGUUACCUCAGUUACCAUAACCCUCCAGAGAAAGGACCCACGCUGACAGAUGAACAUGCAGUCACAGAACUCUGACCAUAGCACUAUGGCCAGGGCUGAUCCCAGGACUCCUCAGACUCCAUUGUGUUCUUCAAACAUUAGGCCACCAGAAACAGUUUCUCGGUGAUUUUACCUCAGCUGGGAAAUGCACCUUCGCUUACAAUACUCAGCAAGUCAGAGUGCAAGUUCUCACCAAGAACUGGUCAACUGUUUUUCCAAAUAACUUAGGAAAUCAAGGAGAGGUGGGAAAGGAAAUGUGGUGGAGGGAAAGUCUGAGACAUCAUCGAUAAAGUCACAGGGAUGAGAAGAGGCCACUGCAGAGACUUGCUGUGUCCUGGGACUGUUCCUAGCUCAUCCUCUGGGAAAACCUCCUGUUUCUUCUGCAAAAGCAGAGCAGAGUAUGAUACUCUCCACCUCUUCUGUUUCAUAUCAGAAUGCUCUUUAUCUGUUUCUUCAGUAAGACAGUACCUGCUCGCACAUCAAGCCUCUGAAACCAGGAACAUGUGAUGUUGGCCUCCCCUAAAACCACAGAAGGAAAGCUACAUAGUGUUAUUCAGAGACACACUGGAUGAAUAGCAGCUUUCCUUUUGAUUCCCAGACUGUGCAAACUGAUUACCAAACCUACAGCAACACCAGUUGUGCCGUGAUGACAAAGUUUACACCGUCAGGCACUCCAAAGUGAGCUAUGCAGGACACAUUCAGGAGUUUUUGCCCCUGCUGAGUAGUGGGUUUUAAGCAAAGCAUCUGUUGUAACCCCUGUGAUGUACAGUCAGUGUGCUCUGGAUGUGAUACAUCUUGUUGGAGGAGUAGUGUGAUCCUGCUUUGGGUACCAUUCUUUUGCUCUUAAGGUUGACUUCUCUCCCUGUUACCAAUCUGUUCACAACCAGACAUAGAGCCAGUGCCAGGAUUUCUAGCAUCUUUCACAAACAACACCCGCAGGCAGCUUAGCCUUCCCAGCCUUCGGUGUGCCCAGAGUUCAGUUCACAGGUCUGCGUGUGUGCCCAUGAAGGCUAGGGGUGAUCUGGCUGACUGUCAUGUGCUUUUUCCCUCCACAUUUAUGAAGCACCUCUGCACAUUCUAGGUAUCCAGGCCCUGAGCUGCCUGCAGAUAAUUCACCCUUCACAGGCUUUAAGUGAGAACAGGGAAGAGGAUCCCCUUCCUUGCUGAGCCCCGUCCCCACCUUCAUAAGGACAUUUUCCCACCUUUGAAACUGGCAGCAAUUGAAUUACUUUUGACAGAGAAGACCCCUUGAUUGUCUGGCCUUUGUCAGAGGGAUUUUAACCAGGACUUGGAAAAUAACAGAAGUGUACCCACAGCACGCUAUGCCUCUAAAGGUCUCCACAGGAAAUUACACAAAGACACUAGACAAGGAAAAGAACAGCAGGCGUGGCUGCAUCUUUCUAGAGGUGUGUGUGUUUUAAAUCCUGCUCGUUUCUUCUGAGGUUCUUUACAGAGUCCAAAACAAGAGAGUAUGCAGGGUUGUUCCCAAGCUGUAAGCCAAGGUUUUCUCUCAGGCCCAGGCUCCCCUGGCUUACCUCCCAUGUGUUACUUUUUUUUGUACCGGGAAUCAAACUCACAACCUCGUGCAUGCAUGGCAGGCAUUUAUACCACUGAGCUAAAUUCCCGGCCCUUGGUGUUACCUUUUUGAUAUCCCAAUUAUAACGAGCCAAGCUGCCUUUGCCAAGAGCCUAGAGCAGCUUGCUCUUCUCUACCUCCAGCAGAUAAGUGCCAACAGGUUCUGGCAGCCCUUACCAUGCCAAGCCAUUCGGAGGCUUCAGCUUGAAACCAGUGCUUGGGGGUUGUAAAAUAUCUUGAAGCUACAAAGAACUUUGGGGUAUAGGGACCUGGGGAGGGCAGGACCAGGACAAGGAAGUCAUCAGGGACCUGCUAAGCACCCCCGUUGCCUCCCGUGUCCACCAGCUCUGCCUUCUCCCUGCCGGGCACUACACACUCACUCUCUUCCUUUCCUGCACGUUCCUCCUCCUUCCCCAGCUUGUCACCUCUUGACUAUACAGAGUGAGGCUGGGCUUUCUGGGGCACUGGGGACUAAGCAGUGUGCCCAUUUAUGCCUGUUGUGGAGGCACAGAGAACAUGGGGAGCAGCAGAUGUGUGGGGACUGUGAGUGAUGGACUGGCUGGAUCUGACAGAGCUCCUGUCCCCCAGCUAGAUUUCUACCCACUUCCCAAGCCUGCAUCCUGACGGGUAAACAGGAAAGGCAAGAACCGGUCAGCUCAGCCUGUAACUCCCCGAAGGGGCCGUCCCCAGCCGGUUGCUCGGUACUUACUGACACUCUGGGUCUGCAGUGGACCUGACUUGGUGCUGGGGACAGAGGUAGCCAGCUCUCAGCCUGUCCUUCUGCAUUAGUGGAGGCCUUAGAACCACACCUGACCACAAGGAGGAGGGCAGGAAGGGAAAGCAGCCAGGGGCCCUCGGUUCUGCUCAGACAGGAUUUACCCUUGGCAGGCGAUCUUUCAGUGCUGGUUAAGAUAUAUGGCCAUUAUUAAAAGCACCAGUUAAAACAUACUCAAAAUGUAUUACUUUCUAUUUAUUUUGCUACGAUUGGCUCUUAUCUAUGCCUUGGGGUGAUACAUGCAUGCUCCGUCUGUGAGGAAGAUAUACUAUUAAAACCUAAGUGACCGCUGUGCAUGAUAUACCCAGCACCAGGUUCAGAGACCACACUCGUAGCUUAAGAUCACCCACAGGUGGAGGUUUUACACCAGGGAGACCAGAGUCCUUCUUCCUCCGCCCUCCUGCCUUGACCUUGAAUGAAGGCUGCUCAGCUUCCCAGUGCACAGCCUGCCCCUUGGAUUUGAACCACAGGGCUCCUGCUCAGCACUGCCCUGCAGCCUGCGGGAGGAGACACUUAGCUCAGCCUCCUACCCACACACGUAGGGAUUCCGUCCAGAUCAGAACCACGGGGUAGAGAAACCCUGCUGUCUUUGGGUGUUGUCCCUGGAGGGAAAAUGCACAGGAAUUGGCUAUUUUAUGCUGUGCAAAGCAAAUUAAACUAGCUGGAAGUUAAAAGGUGUCUUCCUCUGAGACUCAAGUAGUUUAUGCAAGAAGGAAACUUUCCUCCACUGUGAUAUUCACCAGGCCUGCCUAGGUAGAACUUGACACAUUGGCUUCAUUUCAUUUCCACCACUGCCCUUGCUACAUAUUUAUUAUAGCAAAUCUAAAUCAAUUGAAAGAGAAACGUUCUUUCUUGAUGUGUACUUUCCAAAAGGUGAUUGUGUAUUCUAGGACCGUAUGUCCUUUGUGAAUGUCUAGAUCAUGUAGACAAGCCCCAGAAGGGUUUCAGAUGUGCAUCCACUUGGGACAUGCAUGAAACCUCCACGCCACUGUCGUCUGUGAUGAAAUCUUGGCAGGGGUCCCAUCCUGGAUUUCCUGCCUGGGUGAAUGGCCUUGUGUCCUUUGCUUUCCUGUGUUUCAUGCUGUGUAAGCUGUCCGCUCUGUGUGUUCCCUGCUAGCCCUACUGUACUGUAUAUGUGUGCUGCAUGUGUGAGACUCAGUAAAUUCAUUUUCAGGUUUCUGGAGUUUUCAUCUAAGUAUAGCUGUGAACUCAUCUUUUUGGUAUGUACCUGUGUCUGAUUUUGACUGCCAAAAUUUUGGACCAAGCGUGUUUUCACAAAUACCCCGAGGCAGACGUGUGCAUCCUUGUGAAAGGGCAUGCUCCGAGCAGGAUGGCUUAUGCGCAGCAUAAAUCUAUCACAUGUGGAUGUGUGUAUGCACUUAUAUGCCAGACAAUGUUCAUGUAACAGCUGCAGAGGUAUUUAAUGUACAUCAGAUUAAUAAAAGAGCAUUUUUGCUCCACUAUAUUCAAAUAAA